AAGAGUGUAUAAAUAGGUAUUCGACCAAGACAUUUUCCAUCUUCGAUCACUGAGGUUUCCUUUCAAAGUAGACGUGCUCUUAUUUGCGAGGAAAAUGAAGAGUUUCUUUGUCUUACUGGCUUGUGUGUAUUUCUGCAAUGCAGACUUGUUUGAGGGUGACAUCAUCCUUGACAAGCACACGGAAGACAUUGUUCUUGGAAAAAACGCAUUCGAUGCAGUCAAGUCUGAUUCCAAGAAAUGGACUGGAGCAGUCGUACCAUACAUUUUCGACUCUAACUUCGAAAGCAGCAGAAGAGACGUCGUAAGGCAAGCAAUCGCCGAAUACAACAAGUACACAUGUAUUAGAUGGGUACCGAGAACUAACCAAAGAAACCAUGUUAAGUUUAUAGUUGGUGGAGGCUGUUACUCUUACGUUGGUAUGUCUGGUGGUCAACAAGUUAUCUCUAUUGGACAACAUUGUGACAAGAAAGGCAUCGUCAUUCACGAGAUGAUGCACUGCAUGGGAUUCUGGCAUGAGCAGUCAAGACUUGAUCGUGACAGUUACAUUAGAAUCUUCUGGGAAAACAUUUCAAAUGGAAGACAAAACCACAAUUUCAAAAAAUACAGCCAUGGAGAAGGAGAUUAUUACGGUGAGGGAUAUGACUUUGACAGUGUGAUGCAUUAUGGGAACUGGGCCUUCAGUACCAACAACAAGAUGACCAUUCAAGCAAAGAGCGAUCCUAAAAAGAUGCUGGGACAACGUGACGGAUUCAGUCCUAUUGAUGUAAAACAACUCAACAAGGUUUACCAAUGCAAAGGAUACGAGAAUGUCAAAGUUCCUCCACCAAAAGGCUGCAUUGACAGGGAUAACAAGUGUGCAGACUACGCCAAAUGGGGACAAUGUGAAACAAAUGAAAGAUAUAUGUUGCAAUACUGUUGCAAAACAUGCAAGGACAAAGCUGGAGGCAGUGGUGGAACUGGCACAGGUGGAACUGGCACCGGUGGAACCGGUGGUGGAUCAGACUGUAAGAACAACCACAGCAACUGCGACACAUGGGCUGGAAGAGGAUACUGCAACCAUAGCACUGAGGGCACAAGACGCUACAUGAAGAAGUACUGCAGAAAGGCAUGCAAAUUCUGUUAAAAGAACAAAACAGUCAUAAGGAUGAAAAUAAAUUUUGUUCAAAACAU